ACCCAACGCACGCAUCUGCAGCAGCUACGGUCGCACUUCUAAGCCCGCCCGGUAAUUUCCCUCGGCACCUUACCGAACCACCGCUGCAGUAGCUCGACUAUCACUCCACGCUGAGUUGAGUGUCAAUUCUCUCAAUUACGCAAGGUGCAGCCAAACAGCACAAGACACAGCUGUGUCUAUCAUCGGGAGGACAUCCCCCUACCCCAUGCUUUCCCGAUCCACACUGCUCCGCCCCUUGGCAGGUGCUCGUGUCGGUAACAGCAGCAAGGUUCUCGCCAUCAGCCAACAAAUUCAGCUCAAUUUGAACUACCACAGAGUCAGAAAUAUGGCAUCAGAGUCCGCCUCAUCGCAGACGCCUGUGGAAGACAUCAUUCGGGCAAAGUUGACAGACGCAUUUGCUCCUACGCAUUUGGAGAUUCACAACGACUCGCACCUGCAUUCCCAUCACAAGGCCAUGCAAGGUUCCAUGUCCAAGGAGACACAUUUCCGCAUUUACAUCACUUCUGAUGCCUUCAAGACCGCCAGAAUGCAGCCUGCGAGGCAUCGUAUGGUUUACCAGCUGCUCAAGGAUGAGAUGGCGCGUGAGGGAGGCAUCCACGCCCUGCAGUUGAAGACAAGAACCCCCGAGGAGUACGAAAAGGCCCAGAAUAUUGAGGCCGAGCAGGCAAGCUAGAAGAGCAGUGCGGUCUGUAUAAAAUUAUUGAUCUCACUCAUAGAUGUAUAAAUGUCCACAUGUAUAUUGCUGUCCUCCUACAUUGGUGCCUCCCAUGGACUUAACUACGCAUCUGUUGUCUCAAGCGAUCUCUGACCUGCGAUGCUUACUAGAAAGAGCUUUGACAACCGAGAUUAAUCUUGACGACUUCCAGGUCGUUGGACGGUUUCAUAAACUCAUCUCCGUUAGCCACUUGGGCUUUGGCUGAUAAUGUCGAUUUGCCUGUUUGCCUCAAAAUCGUAUCCCUCGGAGCGGGAU